UGAAAGAGUCGGAGUUUCCCGUGAAGGAAACUUCACGAAGCGGCGGAUGCGUGUGUGUUUUUCUCUCAGCAGCUUCCAGCUCCUCAGAGUGUUUCACAUCUACUGCGACUCCAUCACAAACCUGCAGCCGCUGUCCUGCAUCACAAGUCCGGCUCCUGACCCCAGAGAAACCCCGGUACCUGAACUCAGCACUGAACCAGGCAGGAACCUCAGGUGAGAAACUACAGUUCAACUUGCUCCUGCAGAAAUGUCACAACCGAAGCCGCUGCUCAUCCCGUGGCUGCAGACGCAGAUCGACAGCGGCCGCUAUCCUGGUGUCCAGUGGACGAACCCGGAGAAGACAGAGUUCUCCGUCCCCUGGAAACACAAGUUGAGACAGGACUCCUCCGACUCUGACGUGCUCAUCUUUAAGGCCUGGGCUGAGGUGAGCGGCAAUGGCCGGGCCAAUGGAGAUGCCUCAGUCUGGAAGAGGAACUUCCGCAGCGCCCUGCGAUCAAAAGGCUUUAAGUUGGUCGGCGACAGCAAGAACGAAACCGCCAACCCUCACAAAGUGUUUCACUGGCCGAACGAGUCAGCGUCAGGAGCUUCUUCCAAGUCUUCGCCUGGAGCCCUCGUCAGAGAGGACUCUGCUCUGCUCGAGGACUGCGGCUUCCCCACCCAGGAGAGCCAGGACAUCUCGUGCUUUCAGGACUGCCUCUACCUGGCGGAGGACACUGUGUUUACAGAGCCCACCAUCAACCAUGAUAUUCUGCAGGAGUGUCUGAAGGGACUGAGCCUUGGUCCUGAGACAGAGGAAACCACAGGCUUUGAGCCUGUUCCCGAGCAACAGCAGCGGCAGGAUCAGGUGGUGAUUGGUGGAUACGCGUUGCCCGGGCAACAGCAGUAUCCAGUAACGUUUGAGGGUGCGGGCAGUGAAACUGGGUUGCCUGAGCAACCGGCACAUCCAGAGGGGGGAGCUGUGGGAGGGGCCUGUGACGGGCAGCUGGCAGAGCAGUUCCUACACACCAUGAACCAGACCAACAACGGAGAUCAUUUCAAGACUCACUUCAGGGUGUCGGUGUUCUACAGAGGGCUGAAGGUGAUGGAGCACGAGGACCUGAAUGAAGCUGGGAUCCGAUUGGUCUACAGCCCUCAAUUCGUGGGGCCAGUUUUGGACAACGAGUCCGGCCUGACCAGGGUCUUCCUGCCGAGUCCCGGAGCCAUGUCGGAUCAGACUCAAGCCAAACUGACCCAACGCAUCCUGGACAAGCUGGGCGGCGGCCUGGAUGUGGGCGUGUCCGGCCAUGUGGUCUACGGCCAGCGACGGGGGGAGAUCAAAGCGUUUUGGAGCUUCUCCAGGUUCGAUCGCAACCAACCGCCUCAGGAGAUCUCGAAACUGCAGCCGCAGCCACUCUACAUGUUCAAAGACUUUCUGCGAGGAAUUAUGGAGUUCAUCAAUGGGAGAGACAGCCCCCCCUGCUCCCUGUUCUUCUGCCUCGGGGAGAAGUGGCCUGACCCAGACAACAGGCCUUGGGAGAAGAAACUCAUCACAGUGGAGGUGGUGCUGACUUCUAUAGAGCUGCUGAAGAAACUCGCCGUUGAUGGUGGCGCCUCCUCCCUGCAGUCUGUGGAGCUGCAGUUGUCCCUGGAAGAGAUGAUGGAGAUGUGCUGAUGUACUUCGAGAUGCUUGAAGGAUUUCACUCUGCACCCUGAAACCAACCAGGGAGAGAGCCAGGGGUUCGGAUCAGGUGCUCACAAUAAUUGUGUUUGCGGUCAAUACACAGACGGUUUCAAGCAAAUAUAUAGAAGGAGAAUAUAUUUGUAGCACAUUUAAUCUUAUAUACAUUUUGAUACUGUCAUAUAUAAUAUAAUGAGACGAUGAUCCGGAUGGAUUUGACAGGGGGGAUCUCUGUUUAUCUGUGUAAUAUUGAGUCCAGCUUUUUUCCUCUUAAAAAUAACAUUUCCCACUUGUUGCAAGAGAAUGAGUCAAAGAAAGGAGAUCUGUCAAUCAGCUGCAGACGUUAACAGUGACUCAUGCUGCGUUCAGGUCCGGCAAAUAAUGUGUUUGUGGUGAGAUAAGUGCCUUCCGGCUUCAUUUUGUGCUGUUGGGCCCAACUGCAAUUUUUUUCUCUAAAGUGAUUCGAUUUCCUUGAAAUGUGAAAUGAUCAUUUGGUAAUUUGUUUACAUUGUCAAUGUAAAUGUUUCAGAAUAAAAGCGUUUAUAAAUGAAA